AUGAAUCGUCCAAAGCCAACGGCCCUACGCCGCCCCAGUGCUGCAAAAACAUCAGGUCAUCCCCCACCAGGAGACUUCAUCGCUCUGGGCUCAAAGAACCAGGGCAGCGAAUCCAAAGCCCCCGCGGUGCUCCUGAAGCCGGCCACCACCGUUUUACCUGCCGACCGCAAAAGAGAAACAUCCUCCACUCUUCCGUCCUCAUCGGGUCUGUCCAGCCUCACCAAGCGGCCCAAGCUUUCUACCACACCCCCUAUCAGCGCUCUUGGACGCCUCGCUGAUGUGGCGGCUGCGGACAAGAGAGCGAUAUCACCCUCCAUUAAGGAACCAUCGGUUACUCCCAUUGAAGUGGCACCAGCGCUGCUGCUGGACGACAUUGAAGCAGCUGAGUCUGAGGGCAACGACGAGCGUAUUGAGGGGCUUCUGUGCGGCGCCGUGAAGCAGCUUAAGAUGAACAGAGCUAAGCCGGACAUCACGCUGUACCUCAGCCUGAUGUUCCUGGCCAAGAUCAAACCCAAUGUUUUCGCUACAGAGGGAAUCAUAGAGGCCUUGUGCAGCCUCCUGCGUCGAGACGCUUCUAUUAACUUCAAAGCGAAGGGAAACAGCCUGGUGUCCGUGCUGGCCUGCAAUCUGCUGAUGGCUGCCUACGAAGAAGAUGAGAACUGGCCUGAGAUUUUUGUCAAAGUGUACAUUGAAGACUCCCUCGGGGAAAGAAUCUGGGUGGACAGCUCUCACUGCAAGAACUUUGUAGACAACAUUCAGACAGCUUUCGGCACCAGGAUGCCCCCCAAAAGCAUGCUACUGCAGGCCGACACUGGGCGUGCUGCUGGAGAUCUCAGUGCAGGUAGCAGCCCCCAUCCAUCAACUCCUGAUGAGGACGACAGCCGGGCAGAGCUGCUUAUCGCAGAGGAGAAACUCAGCCCAGAGGAUGAAGGACAGGUUAUGCCAAGGUACGAGGAACUCGCUGAGAGCGUGGAAGACUACGUGCUGGACGUCCUCCGUGACCAGCUGAACCGUCGACAGCCCAUGGACAACGUGUCGCGGAAUCUGCUACGUCUGCUGACCGCAACGUGCGGGUACAAAGAGGCUCGCCUCAUGGCUGUUCAGAGACUUGAAAUGUGGCUACAAAAUCCAAAGUUGACCCGGCCGGCUCAAGACCUCCUCAUGUCGCUGUGUAUGAACUGCAACACGCACGGAUCGGACGACAUGGAAGUGAUCUCCAACUUGAUCAAAAUCCGCCUCAAGCCCAAAGUGCUCCUCAACCACUACAUGCUCUGUGUCAGGGAGCUCCUGAACGCGCACAGAGACAAUCUGGCCACGAUGGUGAAGUUAGUCAUCUUCAAUGAGCUAUCCAAUGCCAGGAACCCCAACAACAUGCAGGUUCUUCACACGUUGCUGCAGCACAGCCCGGAGCAGGCACCAAAGUUCUUAGCGAUGGUCUUCCAGGACCUACUCACAAACAAAGAUGACUACCUUCGCGCUUCGCGAGCCCUGCUAAGGGAGAUCAUCAAGCAGACAAAACACGAAAUCAAUUUCCAGUCCUUCUGCUUCGGUUUGAUGCAAGAGAGGAAGGAGGCCACCUACGUAGACAUGGAAUUUAAAGAGCGCUUUGUCAUUCAGGUAACGGAUUUGCUUACCGUGUCCAUGAUGUUGGGCAUUACAGCUCAGGUCAAAGAAGCGGGCAUUGCGUGGGACAAAGGAGAAAAGAAGAACCUGGAGGUGCUGCGGUCCUUCCAGAAUCAGAUUGCCUGCAUCCAGAGGGAUGCUGUUUGGUGGCUUCACACAGUGGUUCCCACUAUCAGCAAAGUGGGUGCCAAAGACUACGUCCACUGCCUUCACAAAGUACUUUUCACAGAGCAGCCUGAGACCUACUACAAGUGGGACAACUGGCCGCCAGAAAGCGACAGGAACUUUUUCUUGCGCCUCUGCUCCGAGGUGCCGCUGCUAGAGGACACUCUAAUGCGCAUCCUGGUGAUUGGGCUGUCUCGCGAUCUGCCGCUGGGUCCUGCGGACGCCAUGGAGCUCGCCGACCAUCUGGUCAAAAGAGCCGCUGGUGUUCAGUCUGACGAUUUAGAGGUCCUAGUGGUGGAACGGAUCCAACUCAUUGACGCUGUGCUUAAUCUAUGCACAUACCAUCACCCAGAAAAUAUCCAACUUCCGACAGGGUACCAGCCGCCAAAUUUGGCAAUAUCCACCCUUUAUUGGAAAGCAUGGCUUUUGCUGCUGGUGGUCGCUGCAUUCAACCCACAGAAAAUAGGCUUGACUGCCUGGGAUGGUUACCCUACCCUGAAAAUGCUCAUGGAGAUGGUUAUGACCAACAACUACACAUACCCCCCUUGCACAGUGGCGGACGACGAGACAAAGACAGAAAUGAUCGGGCGUGAGCUGCAGAUAUCGCAGCGGGAAAAGCAGGAGAUCUUGGCGUUUGAGAGCCACUUGGCCGCCGCGUCUACGAAACAGACCAUCACGGAGAGCAACAGUCUGCUCCUCUCUCAGCUCACCAGUCUGGACCCGCAGGGUCCGCCUCGUCGACCUCCACCUCAAGUCCAGGAGCAAGUGAAGACUCUUAAUCAAUCUCUACGCCUUGGCCAUCUUUUAUGUCGCAGCCGCAACCCAGACUUCCUGCUUAACAUUAUACAGAGACAGGCUUCCUCCCAGUCCAUGCCGUGGUUGGCCGAUCUAGUCCAGUCCAGCGAGGGGUCCUUAGACGUGCUUCCUGUGCAGUGCCUGUGUGAGUUCCUACUGCACGACGCUGCAGACGACAGCCUGCAAUUGGAUGAUGACGACGAGGGAGGAAGCAAAGAACAGAAAGCAAAGAAAAGACAAAGGCAGCAAAAACAAAGGCAGCUUCUCGGAAGGCUUCAGGAUCUUUUGUUAGGUCCCAAAGCUGAUGAGCAGACGACGUGUGAAGUUCUGGAUUACUUCCUGCGCCGCCUUAGCUCCUCUCAAGUGGCUUCAAGAGUCCUAGCAAUGAAGGGCUUGUCACUCGUGCUGACUGAAGGGGGCCUGAAGGACGGAGAGGAACGAGACCAGCCCAUGGAGGAGGACUCCACCGAUGCUGAACUCUUGCCAGGGUACCAGUGGCUUCUGCAGGACCUCCCUAAGCUCCCCAUGUUCGACAGUGUCCGAGGCAUGACAUCCACCGCCUUGCAGCAGGCCAUUCACAUGGAGACUGAUCCUCAAACCAUUAGCGCCUAUCUCAUCUACCUGUCCCAAUAUGCGCCAGUAGAGGAGCAGGCCUCUCACAACGACCUUGCUUUGGAUGUGGCCCGGCUCAUUGUGGAGCGCUCCACCAUCAUGAACAAUCUCUUCUCUAAGCACUCCUGUAGACCUGAGUCCGAGGCUGUCCUCAGCGCUUUCCUCUCCAUUUUCUCCACCUACAUUAGGAGAAUGAGGAAGACCAAAGAUGGGGAGGAUCUGUACAGCUGGUCAGAGUCACAAGAUCAAGUGUUUCUGCGCUGGACUACAGGAGAGACUGCCACCAUGCACAUCCUUGUCGUCCACGCAAUGGUCAUCCUUCUUACUCUGGGCCCUCCUAAAGGUAGAGAGAGUGACUUCUACAGUCUUUUGGACAUUUGGUUCCCCGACAAGAAACCAUUGCCAACUGCCUUCCUGGUGGACACAUCAGAGGAGGCCCUGCUGCUGCCUGAUUGGUUGAAACUGAGGAUGAUUCGAUCCGAGGUGCCUCGAUUGGUGGAUGCAGCUUUGCAAGACCUGGAGCCUGAGCAAUUGCUGCUGUUCGUGCAAUCAUUUGGAAUUCCAGUCUCAAGCAUGAGUAAACUGCUGCAGUACUUAGACCAGGCUGUCACUGUUGAACCACGGGCGCUGGAGCAGAACAUCAUGGACAAGGACUACAUGGCCCACCUGGUGGAGGUGCAACAUGAGCGAGGUGCCACUGGGGGGCACGCUUUCCACAGACUGUUGAGUGCCUCUCUUCCACCGCAAAAAGAUGCCCCUGAAACAAGUAAAGCCAAAGUUACAGUGGAACCUCCGCACGGCUCUGUUAAGAUCAGAGCAGCCACGCAGCUUCCGACUUUCGAGCCUGAUGAUGACCUAACAGGCUUGUUGCUAAGGAUAUUCCCGUUAAAGACAGAGCAACGCUGGCCCGGCCCACCACCUAGCCAGCUCUCUUUGGCCUUGCAGCAGGCUCUGGCCAAAGAGCUGAUGCGGGCCAAACAGGGUCAGGUUCACCAGGGCGGGCUGGCUCUGCGUCUCCUCCAGGCCAUCGCCGCCCUUCUUACCUCGGUCCAUGCCGGGCCCAUCGUCCUGUCCAUGCAUCGCAACCACGCCCUUGCCUGCCCGCUCAUGCGCCAGCUUCAUCUCUACCAGCGCCUCGUGCCGCUGGACGUUUCCUUCUCUUCCCUAUUCCUCAAAGUCAACGUCGAGAUGCUCAUCUGGCUUGACAAUCCCUCUGUGGAAGCUGGCCCACUAAAAACUCUGCUUAAGUCUUUUAUUGGCCAAAACUCUCACACACACAGACACAAUGAUGUACGCUCAGGCUUCCUCCACCUAGCAGAAGCACUCGUGUAUCGCAGUGAUACCGAGGUUCCACUGAGAGCAAUCAUAGCGAUGCUGAAGGCUGGAGAGAGAUGUAACGCAGAGGCGGAGCUCAUUGGCAAAGUCUUGCAAGGUCUGAUGGAGGCCAAAUCUCCGAAUUUGGAGGAGCUGUUGUCUCUGUUAAUGACGGUCAGCUCUCAGAAUGGGACAGCCGGCCCGGUUGCCAUGGUUAUUUCUUUGCUGCUACAAGAAAGCGAAGAUUGGGCAGUGAAGAAAGACCCAGAUGCAAAUUCAAACAGCUCCGAGUUGACAAAGUCCGGAUUAUGCUCAGGUUUACUAGUGGAUUGGAUGGAGUAUUUAGACCCUGAGGUCACCUCAGUGUGUCCUGACCUUCAGCAGAAAUUGUUGUUCGCCCUAAACAAGGCACGAGGCACUCCGGCGUACAGGCCGUACCUUCUGGCCCUGCUCACGCAUCAGUCCAACUGGUCCACCCUGCUCCAGUGUAUCAGCGCUCUGCUCAGCAAGCAAAAAGACUACAAAAUGGACCCAACUUCAGCUCUGGAUUUUCUGUGGGCAUGCAGUCAUAUUCCUCGCAUCUGGCAAGGACGCGACCAGAAGAUCCCUCAAAAGAAAACUGAGAACUUUGUGAUGCGGCUCAGCUCUGAGGAGCUCAUCAGCCUGGUAGAUCUGAUCCUGGCUGAGUCCGAGCAUAGCUGCCGCGGCGAGAGGAGUGCAGCAGAAGAGGAGGUGUCCUGCUCUCUCAUCCAGGCACGACUGCCUCUCCUCAACUCCUACUGCAACGGCCACCCAGACAACAUCAAGAAGGUGUCUGAGUACCUCAUCAGCUGCACCAAGAAGUGGGAAGACAGUGCCAUGAGUAAGCGUUGCCAGAACUUGCUGCUGCAGAUCUACCUCCACUUCCCCGAGGUCAUUCAGCACGUCACCUUGCCGGAAGGCACGCUCAGCAGCGGGGGGACGGCGGACGGCAGCAGCUGCAAGCUUGACGUGCUGGUCCACCGUCUGGUUACUCUGCUCGCUGAAGUAGUGGAAUCCAAAUCCGCCGAGGGACGCGUUUCUGAUGCCAACUUAGCAUGUAGGAAACUGGCCGUGUCACAUCCUGUCCUCUUGCUCAGACACUUGCCCAUGAUCGCGGGUCUCCUACACGGCCGCAUUCAUCUCAACUUUGGUGAGUUCCGACAGCAUAACCACAUGAUGUUCUUCAGCAACGUGCUGGCCAUCCUGGAGCUUCUUCAGCCCCUCGUCUUCCACGUUGACCACCAGAGGGCGCUUCAGGACUGCCUCCUGUCCUUUAUGAAGGUCCUUAAGAACUUUCAGAGGAGUCGGUCUCCACUGGUCUUCAUCAACAAGUUCCUCCAGUUUACGCAAAAGUACAUUACCCAUGAUGCAGCGGCCGCCAUUCCUUACCUGCAGAAGCACUCUGACAUACUGCAGAGCAUGAGUGCCGAAAACCCAGACCUAGUCCAGCUGAAGUCUCUGCUAGCCGGGCUUACUCUCCCUGUAAAAAGCUCAUCCGCAGAGGUCUCAACAGAAGACGGCGAUGAUGAGAUGGCGGCCGGUUCUCUCCCUCUGGUCAACAUUUCCGCGUCUGUUCCGCUGAGCGCUGCCGAUAUGACAAUGUACCUGAGGAAGAUUUCAAGAGGCGAGGCCAUGGAGGAUGUUUUGGAAGUGUUGACGGAGGUGGAUGAGAAGUCAAAGAGGAACCCAGAGAUCAUCCAGUACUUCAUUAAUGACCUGCAAAGACUCAUGACGUCGUCAGAGGAGUUGUGUCGGAACAUUGCCUUCAGUCUGGCAUUGCGCUGCAUCCAAAAUAAUCCAUGCUUGGCAACAGACUUCCUGCCGACGUUCAUGUACUGCAUGGGCAGCGGCGACUUCGACGUGUUGCAGACAGCUUUGAGGAAUCUUCCGGAAUAUGUGUUGCUCUGUCAAGAACAUGCAGACAUCUUGCUCCACAAGGCAUUCUUAGUGGGUGUCUAUGGACAAAUCGACACCAGUUCAAUGAUAUCAGAGUCCAUGAAGGUCCUUCACAUGGAAGCAAUUUAA